CCCGCGUGCGCCAGCUUUGCGCUGGGUGCCUCGGUGUGUCGUGUCGUGUCGUGUCGUGGUGGCGGACUUGACCUCCCCGCCAUGGGCAAACGCCGGAGCCGCGGCCGCAGCCAGCUGCUCGGCACCAUGACCAAGAAGCGGAAGAAGCACCUCCGCGACUUCGGCGAGGAGCACCCGUUCUACGACAGGGUUUCCGGAAAGGAGGCAAAGCCACAGAUUUGUCAGCUGUCAGAGAGUUCAGAUACGUCACAUUCUGAAAGUGAAUCAGACAAUGAACAAGAGCACAUUUCAGGGUACCACAGACUGCUUGCUACAUUAAAGAAUGUUUCUGAAGAGGAGGAGGAGGACGAUGAGGAUGGCAGUGCUGUAAGUGAUGCAGAAACGAGUGAUGAAGAUGGUGGUGAAGAUGUCAGUGUGGAAGAAACCACAGAGGCAGCUGAGACACAGGAGCAUUCGUCCCUUCUUGACAACUCACAAGGAAAAGAUGGGAAAGAGUCAUCUGAUACAUUACAGAGAUCGUCUGAGGAGUUCACAGAUGCCAAACACGAGUCACUGUUCAGCCUGGAAACCAACUUUCUGGAAGAGGAGAGUGGAGACACUUAUUCUCAGAGAACAUCCCAAGAUCCCUUCCAGCAGCAUGUCAACAGAGAACUGAAAGAAAAGGAAAUUCAGGUUGCUGCAGCCAGCCCUCCUACUACCCAGCAAGUGAAGUGGCCCGUCCUGGGACAGCUUGUCUUUUCAUCAAAGUUCCAAACGAUGGAGACAUUUAAGCCUCCAAAGGACAUUGGACUGCAGUCACUUCAUCUUCAGAAGCCUCUAGAAUCCACCUGGACAAAGACCAAUAGCCAGUUCCUCUCUGCUCCUCAAAAAUCAAAUAGUCCCUUUACCCCACUCCAGAAAGAGCUGUUCUUAAUCAUGAAUUCCUACCGGGACCUGUUCUACCCUGAGAGGACUGCCCUGAAGAAUGGAGAAGAGGUCCGCCAUGUGUACUGUCUGCAUGCCAUCAACCACGUCCUCAAAGCCAAUGCCCAAGUGCUGGCUAACAACAGUAGGCGCCGAAGCCAGAAGCUUGGGCUGGGUGAAGAUGAUGACUUCAGGGACCAAGGGCUCACCAGGCCUAAGGUACUUAUAGUAGUGCCCUUCCGGGAAGCUGCCCUUAGGGUGGUCCAGCUUUUCAUCAGCCUCCUUGAGGGAGACAGCAAGAAGAAAAUCAUUGUGAGCAACAAAAAGAGGUUUCAGGGGGAGUAUGGCUCUGAUCCUGAGGAGAGACCUCCCAACCUGAAGAGGCCUGAGGAUUAUGAAGCGGUGUUCGUGGGCAAUAUUGAUGACCACUUCAGGAUUGGCGUGGCGAUACUUCAGAGGAGCAUCCGUCUCUAUGCCCCUUUUUACUCCUCCGACAUCCUCAUCGCCUCCCCACUGGGCUUGAGGACCAUCAUUGGUGCUGAAGGAGAAAAGAAGAGAGAUUUUGACUUUCUGUCUUCUGUUGAGCUUCUCAUCAUUGACCAGGCUGACAUUUACCUGAUGCAGAACUGGGAACAUGUCUUGCAUUUGAUGAAGCACAUGAACCUGCUGCCCUUGGACUCUCAUGGGGUGGACUUCUCUCGAGUGCGCAUGUGGAGCCUCAAUAACUGGUCCAGGUUCUACCGCCAGACGCUGCUCUUCGGUGCCCUGCAGGAUGCGCAGAUCAACUCCGUGUUCAACAAGCACUGUGUCAAUGCGCAAGGCCAGGUGGCCGUGAGGAAUGUCCCAAUGAUAGGCUCCAUCAGUCAUGUGUUGGUGCAGCUACCUCACGUCUUCCAGAGGGCGGAAGUCCAGGACCUAGCGUCAGCGAUCGAUGCCAGGUUUCACUUUUUCACCAACAAGAUUCUGCCUCAGUACCGGGAUGCCAUCAUGUCCCACACGCUCAUCUAUGUCCCCUCCUACUUUGACUUUGUGCGUCUCCGAAACUACUUCAAGAAGGAAGAGCUGAACUUCACACACAUCUGCGAGUACACACAGAAGUCUGGGGUCUCUAGGGCGAGACACUUCUUUCUCCAAGGAGAAAAGCAGUUUCUGCUCCUCACAGAACGCUUCCACUUCUACAAAAGGUACACAAUAAAAGGCAUCAGGAACCUGAUCUUCUACGAACUGCCAACAUACCCUCACUUCUACAGCGAAGUCUGUAACAUGCUGAAAGCCACCAGCAGAGGCGAGGAGGCCACGUGGACCUGCACUGUGCUCUAUUCCAAGUACGAUGCCCAGAGGCUGGCGGCUGUGGUCGGCGCGGAGCGAGCGGCGCAGAUGCUGCAGUCUCCGAAGAAUGUCCACCUCUUCGUCACCGGAGAAAAAUGAGUAUGGUGGGGCAGCUGCACCCGUGGACCAUGAGGUCUGGUUCUGACCACUGUGCCAGGAGCACGCUGCAGGCAGACUGCAGGCUGGUGUUCCUGGAAAGUGCACUGUAACCAGAGCCAGGACAACCUAAAGAACUGUCACAUUGAGAAAUUGAAGCUUGUGUUUGUCAAACUUUGUCAGCUGUAAGUUAUCCAAUUAUGAUUUUAAUUUUUAUUUUACAUGCAUUGCUGUUUUGCCUGCAUGGAUGUUUGUGUGAGAGUGCUGGAUUCCCUGGAACUGGAGUUCGAGGUGGUUGUGAGCUGGGAAUUGCACUGAGGUCCCCUGGAGGAGCGGCCAGUGCUUUUACCUGCUGAGCCAUCUCUCUGGCCCCAUGGUGAAGCUGGCCGUGAGAGCGGGAGACUUCUUGCUGCUGUGUCAACUCAGUUCUUACUUUUUACUUGUCUAGCCAAACUUUUUAAAAAGUGUAAAUGGUCUAACCUAGAAGACACAUUUAUUCACUGACUCUAAAAUUCCUCGUGAUCAUAUAGCUAAGACACACAUUUACAGUCGUGUAUGUAAAGCAGCACUGAUCUCUGCAGUUCAAGAACUACCGCUUGGAGCCAAGGUUGACGUCUGUCCUCAACACCACUGUCUCUUGUUGCCUUAGCUGGACUUUGAGUUGUGCAGCAGGUGAAAGUGAAAAGGAAAUCACACUUUUAAUUAUUAAAAACCAUUAUUUUAGGCUGUUUCAUUAAAAAAAAAAAAAUCAAUGUCAUUACAAAUAACAAAGCCAGGGUGAGCCUUGCUCCAGAUGACAGGGACAUCACAUCUUAGCCUGAGUUGCGGGGGAGGUGGCUGCCGACCUCCCAGCUGUGUGGCCCUGUCCUUUUGUGUGUUCUCUGUGGACCCUUAACUGCUGUCUGCCACCAGACCCCAACUGCACUCACGCCUUACCACUGUGCCAGCCAUGUUAGACAGCCAGAGCACACAGGCAGGCCUGCAGGCUCCCAUCACACCUGCUGUGCCCUUCGAUGUCUUGACCUGGACACUCUGAGGUAGGGCAUCACUGAAGCGAUGCUGCAGCCUCACCAAGGGGUUCAGCUUGCAUGACUGCCCAUGUGUCUGAGACAGGAUUUGGCAGACUUCCUCUGUAAAAAGUUAAUUUCUUUCUUUGUUUUAAGAUAAGAACAUGUAUGUAUGUGUAUAUUUUAAGAUGAGAGUAUCAAUCCCAGACUGACCUGGGACUCAUGGCAAUCUCCCUGCCCUAGAGUGCUGAAAACCCAGGCUUAAGCUACCAGGCCUAGCUCACCUUAACUUACAGACAUGUGCUUCAUUUUUCAUCGAAUGGCUUACAAUCUGGCCAUCAUUAUUUUUUCAGGAAUUAGGCUGGUCUCAGAUAGUAGGAUUACGUUCAAGCUGGAUCCCAUGUCCUUCACACAUGCACCCCUUUUGCUUAGGGAUUUUGUUUUCUGACAAGAUAUUCAGGUUUCUCUGUGGUGAGGACAGUAAUGUGUGUCCUGAUCUUGUCUCUGUCCAUAUUGCGCAGGACAACCUUGACAUUAAAGGUCUAAUCUGCACCUCCCAA